AUGGCUGCAGCUCAAUAUCUUUAUUUGUGGAUAGUCUUCAAUUUAUCAUUGUUCUUGGCCUUGGCUCAAGAAGAAAACCAGUUCAUCUACCAUGGUUUCAACAACUCGAAACUGCAACUGGGUGGCUUGGCAAAGAUUCUUCCCAAUGGUCUAUUGCGGCUCACAAACACUUCUGAGCUUGAAAGCGGUUAUGCUUUCUACCCUUCUCCUUUCAAAUUCAACUCAUCUUCCUCUCAAACCCUUUCGUUUUCCACAACUUUCGUGUUUGCCAUGGUGCAUAUUUGGGGCUCUUCAAUCUUNAAGAAGAAAUACGAAGAAUUAUUGGAAGACUGGGAAAGACAAUAUGGUCCUCAUAGGUUCUCCUAUAAGAAUCUCUACAAAGCAACCAAAGGUUUCAAUGACAAAGAGCUUAUUGGAGAAGGAGGAUUCGGAAAGGUUUAUAGAGGUGUACUUCCUUCUUCCAAUGAACAAAUUGCAGUCAAGAAAGUCUCCCAUGAUUCCAAACAAGGGAUGUCAGAAUUUGUGGCCGAGAUAGUCAGCAUGGGAAGGCUGAGACAUAGGAACUUGGUACAACUCCGUGGCUACUGCAGGAGAAGACAGGAACUUUUAUUAGUCUAUGAUUAUAUGACUCACGGAAGUCUUGAUAAAAUGUUAUAUAGCAAUACAAGAGCAGGCCUUAAUUGGUUUCAGCGAUUUCGAAUUCUCAGAGGAAUAGCUUCUGGCCUUCUCUACCUUCAUGAAGAUGGGGAGCAAGUUGUUCUGCAUAGAGAUAUAAAGCCUGGUAAUAUUCUUUUAGAUGUUGACUUAAGUGGAAAAUUAGGGGAUUUCGGCCUUGCUAGGUUCUAUGAUCAUGGUAGCAAUCCAAAAACCACAAACCUGAUAGGAACUUUGGGUUAUCUGGCUCCAGAGCUUCUUAGGACUGGGAAGGCUACUACAAGCACAGAUGUGUUUGCUUUUGGGGCUUGUAUGCUUGAGGUAGCUUGUGGGAGGAAGCCUAUGGCUAUAGAUCCUGAAAACCUAAAUUUGGUUGAUUGGGUCAUUGAUUGCUGGAAUAGAGGAAAUAUUCUUGAUGCUACUGAUCCAAGAUUGGAAGGUCUUUUCGCAGAGGAGCAAAUGCAGUUAGUUCUGAAACUCGGCCUGUUUUGUUCACAUCCAAACCCAGCAGCUAGGCCUAGCAUGAGGCAGGUGAUGCAGUAUCUGGAUGGUGAUGUCAUGUUACCACAUAUAACACCUGAUGACCCUUUGAUUGCUGCAUUCACCGCAAGUAAUGAAGCUUCUAAUGUUAUGCUGAAUUUUUCUGAAUUGUUGGAAAGGGGUUCUUCUCACACCAUGUCAACUGUUGAAUCAAUUCUUAUAGAAGGUCGUUGAAGCAACUAUCGUUUUGGAGUUACAUGUAUACGUCUUUCAUCUAAAAGGUGACUACUUAGUCCAUGAUUCAUGCAAGCCCAGAAAAACUGACAUUAACAGUAGACAAGUGCUUGUGCCUAAUCAAGGGUCAUAAAGCUGCAGAAGACAAAACAAAUAAAAGAGUUUAAGUUUAAUCUCAUAUGUAUGAUCCUUUUUUGUUCAUA